GCAACAACUGUCACUGGCCGAGGGAUUUACUGUAGCCGAAGCUGUCGAUGUAAUUGAAAACUUUGUUGAUGACGGGAAUCUCGACACCUCAGACGUUGACAUCUUUAUUGCCCCCCCAGAAAAUGAUAUCCUCACUGAUGAAGACUCUGGUCCAGAAGACGAAGGUGGAACUGUCCGAAUCAACAGAUUGCCAAAAGACUGCCCUCUUUCAUCAAAAAAAGAUAUGCAAAAUGAAUCUCGAGGAAGCUUUCAAUGUAAAAUAGAAAAAGAAGAUGGCAUAUUUGUCGCUCGCUGGAAAGACAAUAGUGUUGUUACAGUCGCAUCGACAUCAUAUGGUAUUGAGCCUAUUGCUAGUGUGAAGCGCUUCUCUCAGUCAGAAAAGAAAUAUCUCCACAUUCAACAACCCUUUGUGAUAAAACAGUAUAAUCACCACAUGGGAGGGACGGACCUUAUGGAUGAGGACAUAAGCACCACAGAAUUGGGAUCAGGGGAAAGAAGUGGUGGUGGCCUUUGUUUACAUGGCUUAUAG